UGAUACUGCAAUCUCUAUUUUGGUACUACCGUCGUGGAUGCUUGCCGCGUCCAAAGAAAGCAGCAGACGAUACACCUUCGAGAAUGGCUUCAAGCAGCACGGCGGUGCCUCGAAAGGGACAGAAGUACGGCAAGCUCAAACGGAAGUGUGUGAAGAAGAAUGCGCUGUACGUGGACGGCGAGUUCCCCCCGUCUGGGUCAUCACUGUUCUACAGCCGCCCGGCGCCUGCAGAUAUUGUCUGGAAGAGGCCAAAGGACAUUGUGCCGGACCCCAGGUUUUUCAUGGACAAGGCGAGUGCUGAUGACUUCUCUCAAGGUAGCCUAGGCAACUGUUGGUUCGUCGCAGCCUGUGCCUGCAUCGCGGAAGAUUCCACUCUUUGGAAAAAGGUGGUACCAGAUUACAAGAGUCAGGAAUGGGCGCCAGGAAACAAGUACGCCGGUAUCUUCCACUUCAAGUUCUGGCGUUGUGGGCAAUGGGAAGACGUUGUAAUAGACGACUACCUACCCACGAGACAGGGCAGGCUGAUAUUCAUGCACUCCAAAUCCAGGAAUGAAUUCUGGUCAGCUCUACUGGAAAAAGCGUAUGCAAAGUUGUUCGGGUCGUACGAAGCCCUGACCGCGGGGAAGGCCAGGGACGCCAUGGUAGACAUGACGGGCGGCGUGGGGGAGGGUUUGGACGUCAACGACUACAGGUCAGAGGACAAGCGGAUGAAGCUGUUCGACAUCCUUCACAAGGCCAUGGACCACAAGUCGCUCAUGAGCGCAUCGAUUGUCGCCAAGUCGGCGGCGGAGAUGGAGGUGAAACUCAGUAUCGGCCUGGUGAAGGGUCACGCCUACAGCGUCACAGGUGUCCGCAAUGUCCACCUGAAAGGAACUGGACUCUUCAGUUUCUUUAACCGGGAGAAGAUCCAGAUGAUCCGACUGAGGAACCCAUGGGGUGGCGUGGAGUGGCGGGGGCCAUGGAGUGACGGGUCGGCUGAGUGGCAGAAAGUCAGCGAGAAGGAGAAGAAAGACCUUGGACUGACAUUCGACGAGAACGGAGAAUUUUGGAUGUCGUUCGAUGACUUCUGUCGAUACUUCACGCAGAUCGAUAUCUGCCACAUGAUCAACACCCGCUUCUUUACCCUCAAGAAGACAUGGGCCGCUACUGCCACCCGGGGGGAGUGGAAGAGACCGAUGAGGGCGGGAGGUUGUGGCAACCACGCCUCAUUCCUGAAAAACCCACAGUACAUAUUUGAGGUGUACCAGGACGAGGAGGAAGUAAUGAUCUCUCUGGAACAGGAAGACAGGCGCUCGGUCAAAUGCAAACAAAGGGGAGAUAAUUUCACCAUCGGUGUCACCAUAAUGAAGACUGACGUAAACCGGAAGUACCGCAUGCACGACAAGCUGGACCGUGUCCACGCAACUCCAUUCGUCCAGGCCAGGAGUAUCUUCAGCCGCUUCUCCCUCAGCAAGGGCAGGUACCUCCUUGUGCCCUCGACCUUUGACCCUGGACAGGAGGGGUCACACGUACUUCGUAUAUUCACAGCUGGGGCAAUCAAACUCAAGGAGUUAACUCGUGAUGAGCCUAAACCUCCAGGUUGUAUGGGAACAGCAAAGGUAGCGGCCACGGCAGUAACCAUCGUCAACGCGGACGGCCUCGCACAGAAGAACGGCGAUGACGAGAUCCAGGCCUACUGUAUAGUGAAGUGUGAGGGGAAGGUGUUCCAGACCACAACCUCCAAGAAGGCUCCCACGGCCACCUGGGGAGACAGAGUGACGCUUUAUAGGAAGAAACCACAAGAGGAUGUCGUCAUAGAGAUGUGGCAAGCAAACCUGGUGAAGGACACGCUGGUUGGGAGCGUGACCUUGCCCAUGUCACGUGCCAGCGAAUACAAGGGAGGUAACCUAAUCCGGCGUUACGAGCUCAAGAGGAUGGAAUUAGAGGGCAAGGAGGAACGGACCGGUUUCAUGUGGCUCAAAGUAAACCACACAACAAACAUGUCGGACAUAUGAGACGCCGUAACCAUGACGACGAUUGUGUGAACAUCGCUGGGUCACAGAGAGAACACUCUGGCUAGGUCACUGUCACUACAGUAAGCUGUCGAGAAUAAUCACGUGACACCUUGGAAAAACGAGAAAAAACGAGAACAUCACAGCACGCUCACUACACUCAGCAAUGAAGUGAGGAACAUCACAUGGUUUUAGUCGCGUGCUUGUCCAACAUUAUCAAACUAUUUAAAAUUCAUCUUUUCUAACGAUAUUUAUCCACACAACGAGAUGACCUGUCAACUUUGGUGCUAUUUUAUAUAUUUAUUUGUUGAAAGUAUGCAUGUGUACAUACAUUUCUCGUAUAUAAUCAGUUUCUAUACUUACCAUAUGUACCUACACAAGUACGCUUUUAUUAUGUAUCACACAUAUGCUCAAUAAUGCAACGAUAUAUGGCGAAAUAAUUUCAUGAUAACGAUCACUCGUGAAGGGGAAACCGUCUCCCAGAAGCUGACAUGACGUGUGUUAUGAAGUUGUAAUCUUGAUAGGACAUAGAUAGGACGAACUCAAUCUGACACAUGAUGCAUUGUAGCAAUAUUUUGUCAUUGUGAUAAAUGCUGCUCGUUUUGUCCAGCCACCGUUUGCUUUAGGGCGAUGGGUAGCCUAGUGGUUGAAGCACACGCCGUGGGCCAGGGUUCGAUCAAAC